AACGUGAUCGGAAGGUGAAAGAAUCACACUUUCCAGUGAUCUCCUCCUCCUCCAGAACCAAACACACAUCGCAUCUACGGUGGAUUAUCGUCGGAGUAUCUCCCGGGGAAAUCGGUUUCAGAUGGAGAGAGCCGAUGUACACGAAGAAACCGGCGAGCCUUCUGGAGGAGCCGCCAUAAGAUCGAGGCUCAGUAACAGAGCGGAUCCUUUCCUCGUUGUAUGCAGGUGUUUCAGCUUCGUUACCUCUCUUAUCGCCAUUCUCUGCGUCGUCUUUAACGUCCUCGCUGCUAUUCGAUCCUUCCGAGAUAGCCACGAUCUGUUCGAUGGAAUAUUCCGGUGUUAUGCUGUGGUGAUUGCUUGUUUUGUGGUUCUCGCCGAGACCGAAUGGGGUUUCAUCCUCAAAUUUUCCAAGGUUCUUGAGUACUGGGCUGGGAGAGGAAUGCUUCAGAUUUUUGUUGCUGUGAUGACAAGAGCGUUCCCUGACUAUCUGGCUCAGAAGAAGGAUCUCCUGCUUCUACAGAAUAUCGCUAGCUACAUGCUCCUUGCUUGCGGUCUUAUCUAUGUCAUCUCAGGAGUUCUAUGCAUCGGCUUUCUGAAGCGUGCCCGACAGCAGAAGGAAAUUUCAAGAGAACAAGCUGUCAAGGAUCUUGAGGAGAUAGACCGACGCAGGGAAGAGUUGGAACAAUUGCUCCUAAUGCAUCGCGGUAGAGACGACGUGUGAAUUAACAACUACAGCUUCAUUUGAAUGGACGACAUCUGUUUCUUUCUUUCUUUUUUGUAGUAAAGGAUUGUGUGAGCUCUCUGUUUUUGCAUCCUCUCACUUUGAUAAAACCUGCUUCUUUUUUUCCUUGUCUAUAGAGAAACGAACCUUUAAUGCUUAACGUAUUAGAGACGAGAGCAGUAUUGAAUA